CCUUUCUCUCUCUCUCUCUCACUCUCAUCACUCACUCACUGUGUCUCACACAAACUCCUCUCUCAAUCGACAGUGAUAGCAAGAGGGUCCUGGUCCUGCCUUUACUUUCAUUUCACCACUGCACUGCUAGCUUUCAUGCUGAUCUUGGAGACUGUGCCGCCACUCUUGCAGGUUAACUCCAAUUGGGUUUCUGGGUUUGCUUGAAAAUUUCCACUACAAGGGUUAAUAAACAAACCCUUUUGCUCCUCCCUGCUGUUUGUUGGGUGACAGUGAAGAAGAUAUUGGGGAAUGCAGCAAUGGCUUGAAGAAGGAAAUUGAAGUUACUUGUUGCUUUCAGCUAGGGUUUUAUGUAUUUAUGUGAUUGCCAAAUAGAGUGUGUGUUUUUCAAAGGUAAAGCUAGAUAGAUGAAAUGAAGCUUUCAACAUCAGGGUUGGGUCAGCAGGGACAAGAAGGAGGGGAGAAGAAGUGUCUGAAUUCUGAGCUAUGGCAUGCAUGCGCGGGGCCCCUGGUGUCCCUACCAACUGCGGGGACUCGUGUGGUUUACUUCCCCCAGGGUCAUAGUGAGCAGGUUUCUGCCACUACUAAAAGAGAAGUUGAUGGGCACAUGCCCAAUUACCCAAGCUUACCACCUCAAUUGAUCUGCCAACUUCACAAUGUCACAAUGCAUGCAGAUGUUGAAACAGAUGAAGUGUAUGCUCAAAUGACACUGCAGCCGUUGACUCCGGAAGAGCAAAAGGAUACAUUUCUUCCUAUGGAAUUGGGCCUUCCAAGUAAGCAGCCUUCGAAUUAUUUUUGCAAGACUUUAACCGCCAGUGACACCAGUACACAUGGAGGGUUCUCUGUUCCUCGUCGUGCAGCUGAGAAAGUUUUCCCUCCUCUGGAUUUCUCCCAGCAACCACCUGCACAAGAACUAAUUGCUAGGGAUCUCCAUGAUGUUGAAUGGAAGUUUAGACAUAUUUUUCGGGGACAGCCAAAACGACACCUUCUUACAACAGGCUGGAGUAUAUUUGUUAGCGCCAAGAGACUCGUAGCUGGAGAUUCUGUGCUUUUCAUAUGGAAUGAGAAGAAUCAGCUUUUUUUGGGAAUACGUCGAGCCAACCGUCCACAAACUAUAAUGCCAUCAUCAGUUCUAUCCAGUGAUAGUAUGCACAUUGGACUUCUUGCAGCUGCUGCCCAUGCUGCAGCAACUAAUAGCUGUUUUACCGUGUUCUUUAAUCCAAGGGCUAGUCCAUCUGAGUUUGUCAUACCACUUUCAAAAUAUGUCAAAGCUGUGUACCAUACGCGUAUUUCUGUUGGUAUGCGCUUCAGGAUGCUUUUUGAGACAGAAGAGUCAAGUGUCCGAAGGUACAUGGGUACAAUAACUGGCAUAAGCGAUCUGGAUACUGUUCGGUGGCCGAAUUCUCAUUGGCGCUCUGUCAAGGUUGGUUGGGAUGAAUCAACAGCAGGAGAGAGACAGCCACGAGUGUCGUUAUGGGAAAUUGAGCCUUUAACAACAUUUCCAAUGUACCCAUCAUUAUUUCCCCUCCGAUUGAAACGUCCAUGGCAUCCUGGCACCACAUCUUUGCAAGAUGGCAGAGACGAAGCAACUAGCGGGCUAAUGUGGCUGAGAGGUGGACCUGUAGAUCAAGGAUUUAAUUCCCUAAAUUUUCAAGGCGCUGCUGGUAUGUUGCCCUGGAUGCAGCAGAGACUGGAUCCAACUUUACUAGGAAAUGAUCAGAAUCAACAGUACCAAGCCAUGUUGGCAGCUGGUUUGCAGGACCCGGGUAGCGGAUAUCUCAUGAGGCCACAAAUGAUGAAUUUUCAACAACCUUUCAAUUAUCUUCAACAGCCUGGAAAUGGUAAUUCUCCUUUGCAACUUCAGCAGCAGCAGCAGCAUGCAAUUCAACAAUCAGUGUCUUCUAAUAUGCUGCAGCCACAAGCUCAAGUACUCACAGAGAACCUGUCUCAGAACCUCCUUCAGAAACCACAUAACAGUCAACAAGUCCAAGCACAGCAGCAGCAGCAGCAGCAUACCUAUCGCGAUACACUUUUAAUUCAAAGUGAUCAGCUCAAUCAGAGACAAGUGCCUUCUCCGUCGUAUUCCAAACCAGAUUUCUUGGAUUCGAGCUCAAAAUUCAGCACUUCAGUUCCCCCAGGACAAAAUUUGCUUAGUUCACUUUGUUCCGAAGGAAGUGGUGGUCUCUUAAAUUUAUCCAGAAGCGGUCAGUCCUUGAUAACUGACCAGUUACCCCAACAAUCAUGGACUCCAAAGUAUCCACCCAUGCAGGUCAAUUCCUUCAGCAGUACGAUGUCACAUUCACCGUAUUCUGGGAAGGAUUCUGCGAUGGGGCCACCACAUUGUAAUUCAGAUACUCAAAAUUCUACUCUAUUUGGUGUCAAUAUUGAUUCAUCCGGUCUUCUACUCCCCACCACUGUCCCUGGUUACACCACUUCAUCAGCUGAUACUGAUGCAUCAACAAUGCCAUUAUUAGGGGAUUCUGGAUUCCAGGGUUCUCUAUAUGCUUGCAUGCAAGAUUCAUCAGAGUUGUUGCAAAGUGCAGGGCAAGAUGACCCCCAAAACCAGAGUCAAACAUUUGUCAAGGUUUACAAAUCAGGGUCAGUUGGGCGCUCACUUGACAUCUCGCGGUUCAGCAGCUAUCAUGAGCUGCGCGAGGAGUUGACUCGGAUGUUUGGAAUUGAGGGGAAGUUGGAAGACCCUCUUAGAUCAGGCUGGCAGCUUGUAUUCGUCGACAGGGAGAAUGACGUUCUUCUCCUUGGAGACGAUCCCUGGGAAUCAUUUGUCAACAAUGUUUGGUAUAUCAAAAUACUUUCACCUGAAGAUAUUCAGAAAAUGGGAGAAGAUCAAGCGUUGGAAUCCAUUGCUCCGAGUUCAGGACAAAGGCUCAAUGGCAGUGUUGCAGAAUCUCACCUCAUUGUUUCGGGCCCGCCAUCGAUUGGCUCCCUUGAAUACUGAGAUAAUUUAAUAAUUGUAUUCCUUCAGGUUCCAUGGCCACCACAACUUACUGCAUGUUUAUUACUUCGGUUGGGAUAUUCUGUGUAUGAUGUGUUCUACUUUCAUCAUCUUUAUUAUUUCUACCAGGACUGAUGAACAAAAUAUACAUUUAUGAUAAGAAACUUAGGACAA